UUAAACAAGAGUGGGCCGUGUGGACAGAGACUGGCAGUGGAUGUGGUAGUGGGAGUGGGAGUGGGAGCAUCGGCGCUGCAAGUUCCAAAAGAUUGCUCCUCGACGAAGGUCAGUUCACGCGCAAGCUCGAACUUCGUCGGAUGGCGAGCACGGACCAUUGGAUUGGCUAGCAGGCGCAGCAGAAGGGGCCACAGCGAACAGCAGCGAGCAGAGGUCGUCACCCGGAUACAGACAAAACUUUUCCGAGUGCCCCAGUCCUCGUCGCCCAAUUCCCCAACAGCAGCAGCAGCAUCAUAAUCACUCAGCAUCCAAAAAUGCCUCAAAAACGUGCACAAUAAUAUUUGUUGUGAAAAUAUCCAAUGCCAGCGUGCAAAUGCUUUUGAGCCACUGCGUCUUGGCAUUUGGUGGAUGUGGCUGCGGAUUUGGAUGUGGUUUUCGUAUCGAGGCACGCAAUCACAGCCCGCGUAGCUCGUAAAGUUGCAUAAUUACCGCACAUGAAUGGCUGGCGCGUCGAAUUUGGGCGUUGCAGUUGCAGUUGCAUUGGCCGCAUAUUGCCAACGUUGUCAUCGCCGUUGAUGCACUGCCGCAUUUUCGCUGGCCACUUUGUUUGCGGCUAACGCCAUGGAAACGUGCCGCACCUGUGCGAUUUCCAUGUUCGUGUGCGAUUUCGAAAAUGGCAGCAACAACAGCCACUUCCUGGACCUCCAUCAUCCCAACUGCUGGCCCAGCGAAAUGGCCCAGAUUCGCCUCCAGUUCUCCAACUGGAAUCUAAAGAUCUCUCCCAACGAUGGACUGCCCCAGAAGAUCUGCAGCGACUGCUUCACCAAGUUCUGCUCGAUCAACGCAUUCCGAGUGGCCUGCCAGGAGGCACAGCUGAAGCUGUCCCACAUCUACGACAAGAUCGAUGCCAGCAGCCUGGAAGAUGAGGAGAUUGGACAGGAGGACUUGGAGCCAGCGGAAGAGCAUCAGGAAACGGAAACAACCAAGCCAACAACGACGGUUUCAGCCGAAACACAACCAAACAACACUGCCAGUGAUCCCAUUGAGAUUUUUGUGGAUGCCGUAGACAUCGACGAGGCGGAGGAGGAGGAGCAGCAGCAGCAGUAUGAUGAGGAGGAGUCUGCUCCCCCGCAACUGACCAUUAGCUACGCCUGCAAGUUCUGUCUGCGCCCGCAGGAGAGCUACCAGCUGCAGCAACUCUUGCUGGAGCACAUCAACGCUAGCCACGAUCCGGAGCAACCGUACAAUUGUCCGGAGUGCGAGGCCCGCUUCCAGGACGCCGCCUCGCGCACAGUGCACCUGAAAAGCAGCCACGUGGAGAAGCAACAUGCCUGCGGCGUGUGCGGCAAGAAGUACGGCGACAGGCACAAUCUGCGCCACCACGUGGAGAAGUACCAUUCGGAGACGGACUUUGAGUGCUCGCUGUGCGAGAAGCGCUUCUACACCCGCAAGAGCCUCAACUACCACAUGAAGUGGCACAAUCCGGAUCGCCAGUUCAAGUGUCGCCACAGCGGAUGCGAGCGACUCUUCAUCAGCCAGCGGCAUCUCAUGUGCCACGAGGCCACCCACUCGGGCACCAGUUCCAGGAAGAGCGAGCACUGCGGCUUCUGCGGGAAGACAUUCAUCCAUCUGAAGACCCUUCGCUGGCACAUUUACCGGCAGCAUGGCGGGGAGAAGCCCUACAAGUGUGCCAAUUGCACGGAGGUCUUUGCAUCCUAUGCGGAGAAAAGGAUUCACAUGCUGGAGCGGCACAGGGAGAACCUGACUGCCAUCGAGCGGAGCGAGUGCAUGCUGUGCCGCCAGCCCUUCUCCAGCGAACCGGAUUUGAUCCACCACAUGUCCGCGGAGCACUUGCAGCGUCCUGUAGCUCCCAUUAUCGCUAACAACAAGCGGGUGCUGCAACAGAAGCGGGAACGCCAGUACUCCGGACUCUUUCAGUGCGGCAGCUGCAGCCAGAGGUUCAACAUGAAGUCCGCUCUGGAGCGGCACGCCGCCGUGCAUUCCGAGAAGGAUCGACCGCACGCCUGUCCGCACUGCUCCAAGCGGUUUAAGCGCGCCCAGGACAUGAAGUGGCACAUCAAGACCCACGAGAAGGAGAAGCCUAAUGUGUGCGAUGUCUGCGGCAAGGCAUUCGCCCUCAAGUAUGUGCUCACCCAGCAUCGCUUGAGUCACGAGGGUAAGGAUGUCGCAUUCUUGGAGAAGAACUUCAAGUGCAACGUUUGCGGUCGAGCCUAUCUGUUCGAGAAGUCAUUGCGGCUGCAUCAGCGAACUCACACGGGCAAAACCUACUACAAAUGCGAUCUCUGUCAGGAGAGAUUUGUCACGCACAUUAAGCUUAAGAGUAUGUAUGCGAAAUCACUCAAUGAUGCACUUCCAUAUCAUCACAUCACUUCCAGCUCACAUGCAAAAGACACACGCCACUCAGCCGCUCUCGGCGGACCAGCCUCUGGAUGAUCUGAUCAACAUUGUGAUUUCCUAACCAAGUGGAACAGCAAGUACAGCGCAGAAACUGCAAUGCAUUGGGAGCGUAGCUCUCGGAACUCAAGCCUAAAUAGAUUAUAUACAUACAUGUACCCUCCAUCCAAUUACACUUACUAGACCAUUUAUGCACGCAGCGAUCUCUGGAACGUGAAAGUGCUUAGAGCUUUAUUUAGUGGAUAUUCCGUAGGCCAUAACCCAUAUACCUAUAUCUCUGUCCAUUUCUUCGAUCGGUCCCCAAGGCGCUUCAGCCGCAUAUCUCUUUCCAACUCUGAGCCAUAUUAAUCUCACAGAACGCCUUUAAACAGUCCCAGCACAUACAUACAUAUAUCCAUUUGACCACUUAACGAUAAGAAUUAAGCAAUGAGAAGAAACAAGAUGUUAUACGAGCAAUCUAAGCUUCGCGGCGAACUUUUAAUGCUCAAGAAAUGCAUUUAUUUCCAGAUGAAACCGAUAAGUAUUUACAAUAAUUACCGAAAAUGUAUAAGAAUAUUUAAAAUAUCAAUAUACUAUGGAUUUUAAUAUGUGUAGUUGCAGAUAUAUUUACCAAAUUCAUGUUCCGAAUAAACAUUCAUUUGACCAAUG